AUGGCUACGAAAAUUUCACACGGUAAUGUAUCGUGCGGCAGCGGAAACAACCGAAAAAAGGUGGUACUUAAGUGCAAGAAAACAUAAGCUUAUUUUUCAGAAAAAUGAGAGCACGACAGCACUCGAUGUAUCAUCAAGUUGCCUUUUUGCUCUAGAUGGACUGGAUGAAUUUACAGUAUGGGCGCGUGAUUUUAAUAUUUUGUGUAAUAGUAUCUGAAACGCCUGAUCGCUUACGACAAUUGUCUCUCAGACGUUGAAGGCUUACAAAGGCAAGGAAAUUGAUGGCGUUUCAUUUGUCAGCCUUCAUCAAUUAGAAGUUGUGCAUCUUCAACACAAUAAUGUGCGAAAAAUCGAAAAAGCCUUCGCAGAGUGUGCAACUCUGAAAGAGUUAAGACUAGAUUUCAAUUGCAUCUCAAAAAUUGCCAGUCUGACAUUUGAAAAAUGCGAAAAUUUAGUAGUUUUGAAUCUGAGUUUCAACCAAGUGCGUGAUAUUGAGGUAAGGUCUUGUACAUCUAACUUCGUUCCUUUAAGUUCGUUCAGAAACUUCCGUCCCUCAGAGAGCUCUACUUGUCAAAUAAUCAAGUGGAGUCAAUAAUUCCUGUGAAGGAUUGCAAGAAUGUGAGUUUGAACUUCCGAAGAAAUGAGUGCCCAGCUAACGGAUUUAGACGUAUCGGCGAACAAAAUCACGGAGGUAAAAGAGGCCCUUAACGGUCUGUCAAGCCUCCAGUCCCUCAAUAUUUCGGAGAACAAAAUAUCCAGUUUAUUUGGUCUCAAUAAACUUCCGUAAUUCGUCUUCUAAUCAUCUAUGGGUCAUAGCAAUAUCACUACAUUUAACGUGUCAGGCAACAAACUGGAUUCGGUUACAUGCAUAGCGUUAGCAUGCCCUUCAAUAGAAUACCUUGAUUUAAGUCAAAAUUCAGUGGAAAACAUUGAGGAGAUUUUGGUGGGUCCCAUUCGUUUUUUUGACAGAAUAUGAUAAUCUUAUUUGCACUGCCUAUUAUAUCUGGACUUAUCAUUAAAAUAUGGCAGCUUUUCGAGAGUUUUAUUAUGUUUUAUAGUAAGAUAAUCAUCUCUAGCGCCCGCAUAAUCCUAUGACGCCCCGCAAAUGGAGUUUGUUCAUCUUGAAUUUUGAUUUUAAGGCGCUCAGAACAAAAAUCUCCCGAAUUUGUACGCUAUCGCAAUGCUAGCUGCGCGGAUCGUCGAUCGUAAACCUCAAACAAGCAUUUAAAAUCACACGCUCAUCCUAGAAAUAAGCCAAACAUCGGCUACUAUGGAUGGACUGGAAUAAUUACAUAAAUAAAAUAUUAACGAUUUUGCUAGUUAUAAAUGAUAAUGUCGUAUUUCGUUCUUUUUCAAAUAAAUCAGACAGGCGCGAGAACAUUUUUAUAAUUCGAUAACACCUUCCUACUUUGUCUGGUAAAUCACUUUUAUUAUCUUAUGCAGACAAUUGUCGAUUACCUCAGAGAACUCAAAGAGCUCAAUAUACAAAAUAAUCCUCUCGAUUUUUCUGAAACUAGCCGCGACUUUAAAUCCUUCAUGAGGGAAAUCCAGGGAAAAGUCGCCACAGUUCAACGCGUAAUUCUCCGUUGCAUUUAAUGUGAAUUGUAAGGACCAACUCAUGAGGAGUGAUAAGACUGAACCGGAAAAAAAGAUUUUUACUCUGCUUGACGUCGGCCAAGGUAAUGCUUAAUUCCAUAUCCAUUGCCCACUUGGGUCUGCCUAUUUAGUAAACCUUAAGAAAUAAUUUGCUUAUUUGCUCAAGAACUAGUGGAAGCAGCCAAUAUGAUGGCUGCUUCCAUCAGCUCCGUUCACAGCUCUAGUAAAUCACAUACAUUUUUAUGUGUGUAACAACAGUUUUUUUACAGGACACUCGAAGCUUUAUAAGUGUUUCUGUCUCACCCAUCAGAAUUUCAUCUAGUUGACUCCGCUUUAUUUUGUGUUCUAUCUUUGGACGAAUCGUCCCACUAACGCUAGAAGUCUUAUGUUUGGAGCCAACAUAGGCCUUCGUUUAGCUUUUAUCAGACCCGUUGCAAAGAUAUAUAUCACCAUGACAGAUGGGCGCCCACCGAUCGAGUUACGGAACGUGCUUGUUCCUUUGCAACUUGGGGCUCAUCCUAGAACCGUUGCAGGCAGUCCAGCAGCGAUUUGUAAUGGAGAUUAAAUGAGAUAUAUGUGUAAAAAGUGAAAUUUAUUGAGGGAAACAAUUUUUUGCUUAAACGUUUGAGGCCAGUUCAGCUGCUCGCCGCCAGACGUCUGGUAGUGUAAAAAGGCGUCUAAUUUUCGACGGUACAUAACAACUUCUAUGUUUCGGUUAGAAUUUGUACCAUUACAUGUGUAUGUAUGACAAUGCCUGCGUGGGCUCUUAACUGCUCCCCAAAAAGGAGGGGACGCACAUGUUCCGUAGCCCGAACAGUGAACGAACUUCCAACUUGGUUAAUACUCACGAUCGCAAAUGACAAGAAAACGGGCCGUUAGUUCAGUGGUAGUGUGGAACUUAUUAACGCAAAAGACAACGGAGGCUGGAAUGACGAUUUUUUCGAUUCAUAGUCAUCGUGAAUCAGUAAUGCUCAGCCGCAUGUUUGCAUGAUCUAUGAUUCAAACCCGAAAUCGUUUGUCAUUGAGCGUUAAGCAGUUUAGCCCUCUGCCACUGAGCCUUGGGCCAGCUGCCCAGUCGGUUUUGAUCGGGAAUCCUAAUUAUGUUAGAAGGACGUUCAUCGAUUGGGUUACUGGAGACGCUCGUCCAUUUUGCCUUGAAGCCUAAUAUAGAGGCCUCACAGGCAAUCAAAUAGCAAUUAGAAAUAUACGGAGAGAUUAGGAGGUAGGUACAAAGGAAAUGAAAAUCGUAAUGUUCAUUUAUAGAUUACUACCGUCGUCGACCCUUAUCCAACCCUGAGCCUGCUUGACCUGCAUUUCGAAACCGUCUGCUCGUUGCUUUGGAGCAGGUCAUGGAAAUCAAAUGGCGAGAUCUCUGAAAGAAUACGCGGACAUUGCCUUGAAUGGCUUGAUAAGGCUAUGAUUAAGUGUCUUUUAAGCAUCAUCUUAGUUCGCUUUGUAAAAAUUAGUCAGCAGUGGAUCUCCUUUAAAACUGUCUGCUUAUAAACAAGCUAAAACCUCCAUCCCCUAAAAUGGACUUAUUUUAAGUAUAUAAAGAAAGACAGCGAUAUUUCCACAUACUGUUCGGCAGCGAUUCGAGAACUGAAAUUGCAGAAACUUAAGGCGGAACCAUCUUCCCAAAAAUUUUGUAAAUCAUCAUUUGAUGGGAGAGAAUUGAAUGUAAUGUGCACGGGGACAGAAUUCCCGAUAUACGAUGCGAUAACCAGGAAGUUAACACGAGCAGGAUCUUCAGAUUGGGUUUUACUCCAUAUAACUUCAUGAAGUCCAUUUAUCCGACUGCAUGGUUGCUGAACUCCCAAAGGCAGUCAAAGUAGACUGUCAUGUAAGAAAAGACAUGAUUAUUUGUUACAAACCUUAAAGUCUCACGCAGCCAGUUCCAACCUCCCACCAAACAAACAACAAAACCAUCUCAAUCGAACUCCAGUAAUUUGUACUUGUUCUGGCAAAGCCCGCAUAGAAACCGGGUGCAGGUAACAGAAAUUUCGAAGUAUGCGUCUUUAGUGCCCACGAAGGAGACGGGCAUUUUGGUUACUGUUGAUUUUAUCACGGAGGAUUGGCUAAAUCCCUUCCUUUUUUUGUCAAGUAUAAAGUACGUCUUCGUGCAGAUCUAGGAGAUUAGAGACUGAAACUGACGCUCCGUGCUGAUUAGGUCACAGGACGAGCACAUUAUCCCAAGAUGUCCAAGCUAGGCAGAUGUACAUGCAUACUAAAGACCAAAAAAGACAUCAGAAAUCCUGGCUGACCGAUCUCAGAAAAGCACAAAAUUCAGUCUUAACCCUAUGGUGGUUCAGUACAUUGUUGCUCAUAUGAUUUUUCCAUAUUUUUUAAAGAAAUCGUAGGUGCUAUGGAAGACCAGUUCACGACACUGGACGCGCUGGCUGACAUCUACAACACAAGGAUAUCAGAACGGUAAGAAGACAAUGUCACGACUCUUUAUUCGACAUUCUAUCAAAGAAGUUACUUGCCUAUCGCAGCCGAAACCUGGAUGAAUAGAGUGAAUGUGCUCGUCCAUAUGUGAUGUUAGUUCCAAACUGCUUUCAAAAAAUUUGAGUCGGUGGAACAAUACAUAAAUAUAACGCACGUAGGGGCCGUUGGUGCAAUGCCGUUUUUGUGAAUGUAAGUUGGCAGUAAAAGAUCGACUCCAGUUUUAUCCAAAGAGAUUGAAUCAUUCAUGGAGAACUAAUUUCAUCUGGUUCACUUCACUUAACUGUUUAAUCUAGCGCAAAGGUCUCCGAUUCUGCUGAUAUAAGAUAUGGACUCAAAAGCGGUUUCUUCAGAUUUUUGUUUAUUGGAAAAUUCAGAGUUCUGGAGUUUAGGUAUACUUUAAUCUUCAUUUUUUUUGCUAAAAACGGUACAAACUGAUCUGAGCUCCUUUUGUGUAUGCCAGUUAUGAACGACUCAAAGGCGCCUUUUCAGACAUCCCGGCGCCAAAUCCAUGGUGCACUGGGAUCGAGGUCGAUGCUGACGACGAGUUGGCCAGUAGGGAAAAGCAUGACCAUCAGAAUGUCAGGUAGUCUCCUUCAUCCUCGAUGCUAUACUAAUGUUCUGCAUUGCCUUAUUCAGCGCAAUGAAGAUUGUGCAGUUUAAUUUUUGGUCGAAAAUUUCAAAAAUAAAAAAAAUGUUUAAAAAAACGCUUGAAACCCUAAGGAACAGUUGCUAGGACUGCAAAAAAUAAAUUAGUCGAUGAGGGCGUUUCACACGUGCCCUGAGCCAAUCAAAACGAACCAGAUGUUAAAACAGUGUUUUUCGUAAUAAAUUUUAACAGGGCAAAGAUGACGAAAUAUGUUGAAGGGGUCAGAUGUGGUUAUGUAGACCACCUGAAGUAAACAAACCCCAGUCACGUGUAAUACGGGACUGAUGGUAAUAGGACUUUUUGUAGGUGGGACCGGAGAACGCACAGGUGACGAGGUCGAGUACUAGUAUUUAAGUGAAAAACUAUAAAGAAUGUACGGUUGUGCCUUGAGGGAUUGAGAACUAGUUGCCCUAACCCCAGUCUGUUACACUAGCCCCUAACCAUAACCCCUAAUCCCAACCCCAACAGUAUUGUGGCCGUCAGGUGAUGCCACAUAACCACAUCUUACCGCAGAAGGUAAUGCAAUGGUAAAAGUCAUUUACGGAAACAGCCCAUUCCCUCCCUCGUCCUCUUACCCCACCACGCAUGACUGACUAACAUCCCAUGCUGGAUAGCCAUAAUCACGCUGGACAAGGUUUCGCUGUAACCAAAACUCGCUCACCUAUACAACUUCCCCCCUCCUUCAGCCAUGCCCACCAGCCUAUCAGAUCAACAUUCCCAGUAACCGUGCUUCAGUCUCCGUAAACCAUUGAAGUAGGGGGAGACCACUCUCGAGAUAGUCGCAUGCCAAUGCUUUUCCUACUACAAGUCGACCUAUGCACAAGUUAUAUUCACUACUCAGUCAUUCUUAAAACCAAUUUCAUCAUGCAUACUAAGGUCCUACGGAGGGGGUGAAAAGCAAUGCGGCAGGCGGCCCAGAUCUGUUGUCGAGUCAUACCGACCCGAUAGCCAUUGUUGGAUUCGGCUCUCACCCGGUAUUUCUAGACAGCCCCAUUCAGGGAUGAACUCCUUUACCCUCGAACGAAGAAGCGAGAAGGAAACGUCGCAGAAAUGUUGGUCUGCACAGUCGACAGAGGCGACCCUUGUUCCUGGGCUUAGCACGUGAUGACGAAACACAAAAACCCAUACAGCGUUUGUCCCCAUUUAGUCUUUAAUGUACGUCCUUCUCUAGACAAAUGACCAAUCAUCAAUAAAGUACAGUCAUGCUAUUCCUUAAACUAACUCGAUGGUGCCUGGAAACCAUCACCACCGCCCUCAGAGAACACUUAAUUUCUGAAUACGGGCAACAUGGAGUACCGACGCCAUUCAAAUUGGGGUCCACAAGUACAGUUUCCGUCAACUUCGUCAAGUCAAACUGUGACGACGAGUACGAGUCCCGUGAGCCAUCAAGAAAGCCACUGUUUCGCACCUCUAAAAGCGAAAAGGAAACUAAGAAAUCUGCAAUAAUCACCGCGACAUCUGCUUCAUAAGAUUUGCGGGUAAAAUCCUCGCUCGUGUCCACUACGACCGCCUGCCAUUACGUCUGCAACAAGGACUUCCGGAAACUAAGUGUCCAUCCCCAAAGGACUGCGGGGACUACAGAAAAGCAUUAGGAAAUGAUAAUUAGUCCUGACAUGAAGUUCGUUGAUCUGACCGGAGUUUUCGACACCGUAAAUCAACACAGACAGACAAAUGAACGUACCAACACGAAGUCAUGUUGGUACACGCCACGGACAACGGAACAGUGUGAGGGAUCCUUGCGGUGGCAACGUUGGUCAAGCAGUAUUACGCAUUCACCCAAACCCUCUUCCACAUCAUGUUCCCUGCAUUUCUGACAGAUAGCUACCGUGAGAAGUAAUCACGAAUUGGCACCGACCACUGAGCCGACGGGGACUAUCACGCACCAGCCACAUGUGCAUCCCUAGACUAUAGGGACGGAAUAAAUGGCCUAUCCGGUGAUGUGUGCAUUGCACACUACAACCAGGGCGGAUACGCAGUAGAGCCCAGGCCCUUUAUGUCUGCUAGUAAGCUCGGGCCGGAACAUAUUCUCACCACCGCAAUUUCACCAGUAAAAAACGCCGAAUAAAAUCGUAACACUGACCGACCACCCAGUAGUUGCCCGCACUUCGAAAGCACGCCCGGGCAGUCAUAGCUACCAAUGGACACUUUAACGUCCGCCACCAAACAUCUGCCCCAACCCUCGGAUUAAUCCUGACUCCGCUGUUCAGAGCGUUCAAAACUCCGAACCCGCACGACCACAAAACUCGACCCAUACCGACUCAGAUACCCUAGCAGUGUCCGCAAGUCAGACGUGGGUUAGAGCAUUUGGCGGGACAGUUACGGAAAUUCGAUCCGCACCCUAUGUCCCAGGCCACAAUUUCCAUCACUUCGCUGUCUGCCAUAACCCCACCACUGCACCUGCCUCACCAGCUCGACAUCCCUUUAGAGUAUAUGCACGCAAUUCCUGUGUCUUACCCACAACGGGCACCAUCAUGCCAACAUACCCCACUUUUUGCCCACAUUUAUAGCUACUUAGAACACCACAUUAACCUUAACAAUGUCCACCAGAGCUCUUAAUUGUCGCUAAAUUACAAGUUUAGUCCGGUGAAGCUGUCUGUCGUCGACUACGGUGGGCGAACCACCAGAUCAGCGGUCAUGCGCCUAGAAUUUUCCAGUUUCUAUAGCUCGAAGGCGUAGUAUAAGUUCACAAACGGCCGAACCAUUCGAAACACGGCUACUAACAUUGCCGUUAGAUGUUUCCCUGCUCAAUAAAGGUAACGCAUGAGGAGAAAUACUUCAAAAUACGCCGUUCUCAUACAGGAACAUUUUCUAACCCACAGGACUAGGCUGUACGAAGCCUUGAGAUUUUCCAGAAACUCGGAAGAACGAAUGUCCGAAACAGCAGACUGUCUCCAAGAGACAGUUCUUGGUGAAUAG